AUGCAGGCCCGAGUGAUGCUGGAACGAGGAGUGCCACCACCGAUGCAUUCUAGGCUGGUGGCUGUGUUGGGACCAAGCUUGAUGGACAUCCAACUGAUAGAGUCGGCAAUCGUUUCCACGGAGUCCCAAAUGCUUAAGGUGUGCUAUGCGCAGACUUUUGCUGCGCUAGGCAGAAGAGGAGACGUGAUUGCACAGGAGGAGCUCAAUGGAUCAAUGGCAUCAGCGAAAGAUUUGGCUUUUGUGCUGGUGGACGAGAUCAGCAGGAAUGGGUUCAAGGCCAUCCAAGGGCACUUCUUGUGGAAAGAAGUAGUGAACCAGUACGAGGAAGGAGCUGCCAGGGCUGCUAUUGAUCCGUUUACCAUGGAGCCGCUUGAAGAGGAGCCGGCGGUAGUCGCCCGGACAGGUUGA